AUGGCGGCGCCGUCGGCGGCCACGCGCAGGAAGCUGCAGCGCAAGUUCCGCCUGCGAGGCUUCACCCUCAAGGUGGACGCUCUCGAGGAGGCCGCCGCCUUCCUCGACCGCUUCCCCGACGCCGAGGACGACGCGCUCGACCUCCUCCUCGACGAGCUCGACAAGGAACCGCUGCAGUCGUCGAUACUGGAUCGGGACGCGGUCCGGCGCGUGGUGGCGCUGCUUGUCGAGGCUGAGGAGGCGCUCGAUGCGGCGUCGCCGGCGGCCACGAGCGCAAGGUCUGCGCUGCGGGUGGUCGACGCGUUCCUCGUGCCGCGGUUCCACUACGACCCAAUCAAGAAAGUGUUUUACGAGCACACAGGCAGAUUAGCUGUCCAUGGAGAAGCUGGAGAUAAAGCUGCCCUUUAUAGGGAUAGGUAUCAAGUGCUGCUUCAGAGGCUGUCUCGUGAUAAAUAUUUCUCUAAGCCAGCUUUUGACACAGUUGCGACCGAAAAUAGUAGUUGCGAGAUAACUUCUAUACAGUCACUAAUUGGGUGCACUGGACGGAGAUGGAUUAUGGGGGUCAUUUCGCAGUUGGAGGAGCGACAGUUCUACUUGGAGGAUCUUACUGGAGCAGUAAAUACAUGUGGAUUUCCUCCCCUGGAGGACAGGGAAGCGUCAGUUUCAUUGCUCAUGGGUCUUGAUUUCUUUGGGGGAGGUGUAAUACCAACUGAAGAAGCACUAAGAUUAUCAUCACUGGAGAAAAAGGCCGUGAAUGAUAUGUUUGUCAUUCUUUCGGAUGUUUGGCUGGACAACCCUGAGACUAUGGAGAAGUUGGCUGUUGUUCUUGAUGGGUAUGAUAGUGUGGAAGUUGUGCCUUCCCUCUUUGUUUUAAUGGGCAAUUUCUGCUCUCGCCCUUGCAAUCUAGCGUUCAAUUCAUUUGAAGAACUCAGAUUUCAGUUUGGAAAGCUUGGCGAGAUGAUUGCAGCUCGAUCUAGAUUAAAGGAACAUAGUCGUUUCUUAUUCGUUCCUGGACCUGAUGAUGCAGGUCCUUCUAAAGCUCUGCCAAGGUGUGCACUUCCAAAAUACCUAAUUGAAGAACUUCAGAAGCACAUACCAAAUGCAAUCUUCGUAAGCAACCCCUGCAGGUUCGACAUGAAACUCAUGCUUAAAAUUCCAACUGAUAUCAGGAUUAUACUGAUAGGGAGCUGUACACAUUAA